AUGAACUUCUGCUUUAGAAAUGUUUUUUGGUUUUCCCUCCCAGCUAACUGUAUUCCAGCAUGUGUUAAUGGUGGAAUUUGCAGUGUAGUGAAGGGUGUAGCCAUGUGCGAUUGUACUGGAACCGGCUAUACAGGUACUUCCUGUGAAACUGAGCUUGUGGAAAGAGCAAAAAGGUUAUCUAAUGAGCAAGUUACUGGGCAAGAAGGUAACAUAUCGGACCACAGAAGUGCCACCUUUGUGGUAUCUAAAGGUUGUGAAAAUGAAUUACAGUGCGGAGAUAGAGAUAGUAAUCCGUUGCAAUCAACAGCACAAUCAAGUUAUAAAGACUGUACUCAGUUUAGUGCUCAAGCGAGAGCCAAAUCUGGUGUAUAUGCUGUUACUGAUGGAACGGAAACGUUUCUUGUGAAAUGCGAAAUGGUAAAUAAUGAAGGGUGGACCGUUUUGCAGAAACGAGAAAAUAGCACCUCUAACUUCAAUAGAACAUGGGAGGAAUAUAAGUGGGGAUUUGGAAAUAUCAACGCAGACUUUUAG